CUCGGACUUCAAGAACAACAGAAAAUUGGUCUCCUUUAUCUUGGAUCAAUUCCUCCGAUUUUAUUUUAAUUAAGUGUAAAUUAAAACCUUCACAGCCCACCACUAAUAGCACUGCUGCAACAGGAGGGUGUCAAAAAGCUUGAGAGCAGUUAAAGCGAGGCGGCACCUCGUAAACAGGAGGUGCAUCGUUUCUGGUGCAGAAUCUUGAAGAAAUCUAUAAUUGAUUCUGACCGGGUUUGUCAUGUCAGAUGCAAGAAUAUCGAAUUCUGCAGAGAAAAAUGUAUAUUUCAUCAGAAAAGUGCAGAUUCGUUGACAGGUUGACUUUGGAUGAGUGUUACCAUGAAUGGCGACUCCAAUCGAAGAGAUUGUAAAAUCAGUUGACUCUAAUAUACUUGUUGGAAUCGAGAUCACAAACAGCAGCAAGCGCUUUGAUUUAACUGCAGCAGCGACAUAUGCUGACUGUGGUGUUGUACAAAGUCCCCCACCUCCGACUAUAGCGAAAGAGAGGAAAGGAAUGUGUGUGUUCACCAAGACCCCAUUCUCACUCUAUGGCACUGCUGGGGUCCUCAGCUACUCCUCUGGUGACCAGCAGUUCUCUCUUCUGUUCUCCAACCCCUUUGACUGCAUCAAGUAUGACAGCGAGUUUGCUCUGUACAUUCCUGACACAAAAACAAAGACUGAUCAAAAUUUGUACAAAAUGAUGUAUACACAACUGCAUGAAUCUAGUUCCUUCACCAAAACUGCUAUUGGAAAAGGGAAUGUAGCACUGCAACUGGUCAAAGAUGGAAUGGAGGUUUCAGGCACAAUGUCAAAUGUGUCUCACAAAGCCAUAAUUAAAUUGGAAAUUCGAGAUCAUUUCCCUUCUCCAUGCAAGACUAAUUAUUAAAAUUUUCUUUACCAGGAAAGUAUCUCAAAAUUCCAUAAGUCACUUCAAUUGAACUUCAUAUUGCUCUUCUAUCAGUGUUCUAUAAUUUAAUAUGAUCAUGAUUGCUCUGUGGUAUAAAUUCAUGGGUGGCCCACAUCCCUUAAUACCUUUGCUGAUCAAUAAUUUGUCUAUCUCAUAUUUGUGAUGAUAAUGUAUCUUUAAAGGGAGGUACUUUAUGAUGGGUUUGUUUUAAGAUAGGAUUUAUGGCAGAGAUACUGAGCUUUCUACUAGAAUCCAAUAAAGUAAACAGCUUGUGAGGCCUUGUGAGUUUUUUUUAAAGUUAGAAUAAUAGAAGCAACUUGAAUCGAUGGGGUCAAACUCCCACAGAAGCUGGAUUUUUUUUAGUUUUACCUUUCAGUUGCAGUUGUUGCUAGGAUCUUGAAGCUGGGCUUGAAGCUGCAGUACAUCUCUCCCUGUUACUCUCUGUCUCUGAGUUUUUGUUGAUGUUUUUCCUCCUGGACUAGAGAAUUGUCUGUGAGUCAAUCUAUUUUACUGAAUUUACCUUUGUGUUCAUGGGAUACUACUAUUGGGAACAGUUACUGUUUAGUCGUCAAAUAACCUAUUAUUCUGUUAAGUUUUCCAGGAGCAUUGUUAUUCCAAUUUCAUCUUUCUUUUGUUGCAUCUCAACUAUAGUGAAUUAGGUUUAGUUCAGUCGGCUGGAUUGUUGGUUUGUCGAGCAGUGUGGGUUCAAUUCCCAUCGCUGAUUAGAGGUUACCAUGAAAGGCUUUCCUUCUCAACCUCCUCCCUCACCUGAGGUUUGGUGGCCCUCAGGUUAAACCAUCACCAGUUGCUUAUCUCCCUUAUAACUGUACAGUGACACAGUUCAACUAUAGUGAAUGAAUAA